AUGCGCCUCGCCGCCGCCCUGCUCUGCAUCGUCACACACAUCGGGACGGUGAAUGCCAAUGUCGAAAAGACAGUCUUCCUGGGCCCCAGUCCUGUGACGCUCCAAAAUGUGCGCCCUGGCCUAGACAACCUCCGUCUAGACAUCUUGACGCCUUCCGACACGGUGCUGCCGACACAUCUCCGCGUUCAGUUUCCCACAGAGUCCCUACCCCGCGGCCUCGAAUCUUGGUACCUGCUCCGCCAACUCGACGGCGCGAGAAGGUACGAGGUGCGCAUCUGUUGGCCGGCAACUCAACCUACCGACUUCUGGCUGGAGACGUUUUCCCUUGCCCAAGUCUUUGAUACCCCUGAACUUGUAUCCUCGCUUGCAAAGUAUAGCGAACAGCGCCAGUUCCAAGGCGACGAAGGACGGGACGUCAAGGGAGCUGCAUCCGAAACCCCAGAGUCUGUGCUAUUCCUCCGCCUCCAGGCUGCAGCGUCCUACUAUUCGACCAAUCGCACGUUGAUGGACUAUCCGCCUCCUGUAGACGCUGAUAUCAUACUCGAUCCAUUCGUGUUGAACGUCUUCCCCGAGUCACUCGGCCCCGUCGCUAUCUACAUAGUUGCAGUCGCUAUCGGCGCAUACUUUCUCUCCGCCUACAUCUACAACUGGCUCUUAGCCAUCGCCGCCGAACCACCCAGCAAGCCCCACACGGACUGA